AUCCUUUUCGCGAUUCGCUAGUGCUUCUCACACACCAAUGAAAAGUUGAUUUUUUUUCGUAAAAUGGCGUGUGUCUCGCUCGAGGUCGUCACUCUCGUGUUCAUCAAUCGAUAUCAAAUGUGACAUUGUGACAGUAGUGGUUAGUGUGCUAAUUAUAUCAACUCGGGAGAGACAAUACCGCCGGGCUCCCGAAAACGAGUGAUUUUUUUUUCAAUUCUUUUGUCAUCUUUUGUGUCAAGAUGAAGAUGACGCAGCCGGUCCUGUGAGAUGGUGACGAUUGUCAAGUUCAUCGUCAUCCUGGACCACGAUGAUUCCCAAGAUAGGACUGACGCGACCGGCUAGGAGAAAAUGAAGGAAUAACAAUCGAUUUUACUAUUUUGGGAUUGGCAGUCAUUUAUUAUACCCAAGUCGGACGUAUAUUAAUUGUUUGUUAUUCAUUCAUUCAAUGACUUCAGGCGAUCAUCUUCGUCGGGUCACGGCCACACUUGGAUGCAAAAUAAAUAAAAUUAUCUCUAACUUUCAUGAGUAGGCUGACCAAAAAUCAAAGUUGGAUGUGAAAUGGGUAGUGCUUGGUGGCAAUGCACUGCAUGCUUGAGAGCACAAGAAGAAGAUAUUUGCGAGUUGCAAUUAAAUCAUUGCAAUCUGUACGAUGUACCACCCGAUGUGUUCAUCUACGAAAGAACAUUAGAGAUAUUAUAUCUCGAUGCCAAUAGAAUCAAGGAUUUGCCUAGGCCAUUAUUCCAGUGUCAUGAAUUACGAGUACUUUCGCUCAGUGACAAUGAAGUUACUACUCUACCACCCGCCAUAGCAUCGCUCAUUAAUCUCGAGUUAUUAGAUUUGAGUAAAAAUAGCAUAAAAGAGUUACCCGACAGUAUAAAGGAAUGUAAGAAUCUCCGCUCGAUAGACAUCAGUGUCAAUCCCUUUGAGCGCUUUCCCGAUGCAAUCACACAUAUUGUUGGCUUGCAGGAAUUGUACAUAAACGAUGCGUACAUUGAAUAUUUGCCAGCGAAUUUCGGUCGUCUUUCGGCUUUGCGAACUCUCGAACUCAGAGAGAACAACAUGAUGACUCUUCCAAAAAGCAUGAGUCGACUCGUCAAUUUACAAAGACUCGACAUUGGCAACAACGACUUUACGGAAUUGCCCGAGGUAGUCGGUGAUCUGAUAAACCUCACGGAAUUGUGGAUAGACGGCAACGAUAUACGCCGCAUUCCAGGAAAUAUCGAGCAGCUCUAUCACUUGAAUCACUUCGACUGUACAAUGAACUCUGUGCACGUUAUUCCUUCCGAGAUUCAAGGCUGGAGAGACAUAUCGAUCAUGAACUUUUCCUCGAACGAGAUUUACGAAUUGCCGGACUCGUUGUGCUAUCUGCGCACGAUAGUGACCCUCAAAAUAGACGACAAUCAAUUGAACUCACUGCCGAACGACAUCGGCCAAAUGGCUUGCUUAGAGGAGCUCAUCGUCACGAAAAACUUCCUCGAGUUCCUGCCGCCAUCCAUAGGUCUUUUACGAAAAUUGCACUGUCUCAACGCGGACAACAACUACUUGAGGUGUUUGCCACCGGAAAUUGGAAGCUGCACUGCACUCUCUCUGCUUUCUUUAAGAUCGAAUAACCUGGCGAGAGUUCCACCUGAAUUGGGACAUCUCUCGUCUCUGAGAGUUCUCAAUCUGGUGAACAAUUGUAUAAAGUUCCUUCCUGUUUCUCUAUUAAAUUUAACGAAUCUCAAGGCUUUGUGGCUGAGCGAUAAUCAAAGUCAACCUCUAGUGCCGCUUCAACAGGAAUUUAAUUACGAGGAGGAUAUGAUGGUGCUUUCGUGCUUUAUGCUGCCGCAAAAACCACGACAGGAUCUUGAACAAAUGGACCAAAAAAUGGGAACAAUUCCUGGCUCAGUUAUUGGAUCCGGAAGAAGAAUAUGUUUUGCUGCUGAAGUUGAUUCGGAAUUACCUAGACAACUUCAUCGAGCACCAACGCCUUAUCCUAAGGAAUUGCGCAACCUUGCUAGGCACGCACGCAACCUGCACCAUCAAACCACGCACGAUCAAAAGAUGCAAUUGGAACGAGAAAAUGUGAUAAAGGAAGCAAUCGUUGCCAAACCUACUGUACCCAUUGUUGUCGCUUCAAUGUCUGGAUCUUGUCCGUCGCACGAAAAUGUCCCUCACGUGUCUUCGCCUUCCGUCGAGUACUAUUCCUCGAAAUAUUGCAACGUUAUUAGUAACAUAGGAUUAGAAAUAGAACGCAGCUCUGAAGGAUCUUCCGACGAAGCAAACAAAACUGUCCUCGCAACUGAGACUAAUCCGGAAAUUCGAGAAGCAAAAUGCGUUCGAAAUCCCACGUCUGAAUACCUCGCAAAGCCGCCGACGAUAGCGGAUUACGUGAAUUCUGCAUGGAAACCAGACGAGUAUUCGAAAACAAACACAGCAAAGAUUGUGGAAUCUGAAAAACUGGUAGAACCUUACAAAAGUGCAUCGCUUGUUGAAGAGAGAAGUUUGGAGAAUAGGGAUGUUCCGGUUUACAAAAUUAGCGACGUUCCUCCAGUUCCUCCGCCUUAUCAUAUUGCAGCUGCUUUCUCGAAAAAGGCUGCUUUCUUCCAACAACUUAAUCCAGCCCCAGUUUCCGAAAUUUACCAACCAAUUUCGCCUCCGAAACCACCUAGUCCACAUAAACAAGAAAAUUCUCACUACGAAAAUCAAAAGGAAAUUGUUGAAACUUCUUUGUCGCCGCGAGUUGAGAAUGGCAAUUCCAUCGACGAAACCGAAUUUAUGAAAAAAAACAUUUCUUCAAAUUUAAACGGUAAUAGAACCAGCAUUUGUUCCGAUGCCUGCGAUAGAAUUCAGCCUCUCGAAUCCGAAUCGAAUUUCGACCAGUCAAUGAAACGAAGUAAAAUUCCCGUCUUAAGAUUGAAAAACGAAGGAUUGAACUCGUCAGAUUCGCUCGUAAAUCAUCUCGACAGUCCAAAUUCCAACAAAGUAAAGUCUUUCAAUGUCUCUUCAUUGACAGCUUCUCCCAUCUCCAGAAAUAAAUAUCGCUCUCAAGUUACCAAUCAAUCCCGGCAAUUAGAUAGAUCGAAGGGAUCUCAAAAUGGAAUUUCUUCGAACGAGGGUUCUCUCUCUGAAAACUUGAAUCUGUCGGAAGAUGCGAAUUCUGUAAAUAUGGAUCUUAAGACGGAUCAGAAGAUUUAUGAUAUUUCGUUAAAUAAUUCGCAUGGUAAUAAGAUGGGACUCCCUUCGAAACAUGGUAACUACAUUCAGAGUGAGACGAAUUCUGGGAGAAGUACACCCACUUCGAUUAAUUCCAAAUCGACGAGUAUGAAUGCCUUAAAUUCAGAGGGGAAAGCAAGAUUUAGGUGGAUGUUUGGGCCACAUAGAAAUGCGAGUGUGCUUCCUGUUCAAGUAAGAAAAAAUCCAGGGCUGGGAUUUAGUAUCGCUGGUGGAGUUGCCGGAGCUGAAACGGGUAUCGUCGUGACUAAAGUAAAUCCGGAUGGUCCAGCACAAGGAACUUUGCGCCCAGGGGACAAAAUUUUGGAAGUGGAUGGAAUUGAUUUUACCAAAUCAGAUCACGACAAUGCUGUGGCUGUUUUGCGUGCGACCGGCGCUGUUGUUUCCAUGAUGAUUAGUAGACACCAGUAGACACACAAGUAACGAAAUUUAGAUUAUUAUAUAGCUUUUACCUGCCAGAACGAAAAAUCUGACUCGCGAUUCUUCUAAAAUUCAAUUUUAGAAGUCAAAGCUACUCUUUGAAGUAGCUUUAUUAAAUUCGAUACUUCGCAAGGUAUUUGAAUUUACUUUUAAAGUGAAUGUACUACACUCUUCAUAUCUUUUUCUGAAUCAUUUCUUCCUUAUUACGGGAAAAUUGAUUUAGAGUUCGUGAAAAAUGCAUAUCAACUCGUAAUGUUUUUAAGAAAUAGGUAACAUCUCAUAUUUUUUACUCUAAAUGAUGUUUAUUAAUUUAAUAAACUCUAAAAUGUUGUACAAUUUUAUGCAGGAAAUUCUACCAUUUGGUCUCGGGCGUUUUCUCAAUUUUUUUUAAGUAAAAAAAAUUGCAAUUGUUAAAAAGUUGAUCAUACGUCCAAAUUUCAUCGUUAACUUCUCUCUGUGAGAGAACUUUCGUAACGGUGAACAAAAAUUGGUUGUAAAUACACAUUUAACGUGAAAAAUGUAGCACUCGCACUCGUUUGCAACUAAGCGAAAAAUUCCUGCUGCCCUACUGUUAAGUGAAAUAAAUGAGAAGUGAAAGAGAAUAUUCUUCUACUAAGACGUCGUAAUUUUACUAAAUAUUGUUAUGAUAGUUACGCAUUGUUACAAAU